AUGAGUGUCCAAUUUUCACAUAUUUUCAAACGUUUUCCUAUCGCGGCUCUCCCACCUUCAUCACCUCCGGGGCCAAAUCCUCAUUUUGUCCAUGCCAACACCGUUGUAAAGCAGCAAGUCCUGCCGGAGAUACUCACAUGGUACGAAAUCCCCGAUAUUGUCAAUACCCAACCAAAUCUGAUUCCCUCGCAGCCUCCCAAAAAGCGCGGAGGCGCAGCUAGCUCCUCCGCACCGGCAGCGCCAAAGCGCGGACGUGCAUCCAAGCUCGCAAAGGAGAACAAGAUCACCGCCGAAGAAGAAAACGAAAUCAAAGAAGUCUUCCACCUAUUCUCCGACAAGAACGCAGACUUCCCGGACGAGAAGGAGGGGGUCGUUCCCCGCGAAGAUGUGCGCAAGGCACUAGUUGCCCUCGGCCUCCCACCCACCGACUCUACCGAACUCGCAGAAAUUCUCUCCGCCCUCGAUCCAACUCUAAGCGGAUACGUGCCCUACAGUCCCUUCGUCUCAAUAGCAGCAGCCAAGCUGCGGUCACGCGAUGAUGACGCCAUGGCUGCCGAGGUGGACGAUGCAUACCAGCUAUUCACGCGCGGCACGGAUGGCCCCAUUACACUGUCACAUCUGCGGCGCAUUGCGCGCGACUUGAAGGAGGAUAGUGUGGGCGAUGACCUGCUCAAGGAUAUGAUUCUGGAAGGGAAUGGGGGUGCUGGAUUGAGUGCUGGCGUUACUUUGGAGCAGUUUCAUGAUGUCAUGACCAGAGCUGGUGUGUUUUAG